AUGUCUUUCGUUCCGUACGAUGAAAAUUGUGAUUUUCCGUUGGAAAAUUUACCCUAUGGAAUUUUUUCAACUAAUGAAGAUCCGAAACCUAGAAUCGGAGUCGCCAUUGGUAACGAAGUACUCGACGUAAAAGCUGUUUCACAUUUGUUUGAAGGACAAUUGAGAGAAAAAAAACAUGUCUUCUCGGAGGAGACUCUUAAUUCGUUCAUGGAACAAGGGAAAACGUUCUGGAAAGAAACGAGAAAAACGUUACAAAUGCUUCUUUCCGCUGGAAAUCCAACUUUGCAAGGAGAACUUAGAAAAAAAGUUUUUCAUCCGCAAUCGAGUGUGAAAAUGCAUCUUCCCGCUCAUAUUGGGGAUUACACCGAUUUUUAUUCUUCUAUUCAUCAUGCCACAAAUGUUGGUAUCAUGUUUCGUGGUCCGGAAAAUGCAUUGAUGCCCAACUGGAAGCACAUACCCGUCGGUUACCACGGAAGAUCCAGUUCUGUUGUCUUAUCAGGAACCCCUAUAAAACGACCACUUGGUCAAACGGUACCCAUUGAAGGAGCCGGCCCAAUAUUCGGACCAAGCCGUCUCAUGGAUUUUGAACUUGAAGUUGCUUUUUUUGUUGGUGGUCCACCUACAAAAUUGGGAGAACCAGUUUCAAUAAACAAUGCUGAAGAUCAUAUAUUUGGAUUUGUUUUGAUGAACGAUUGGAGUGCGAGAGAUAUUCAAAAAUGGGAGUAUGUUCCAUUAGGACCUUUUCUAGCGAAAAAUUUAGGAACUUCUAUUUCUCCUUGGGUUGUUACUGUAGAUGCAUUGCAAAACUUUAAAGUUCCAAAUUACGAACAAAAUCCAACUCCAUUACCUUAUCUUCAACAUUCUGAUCCGUUUAAUUUCAAUAUUAAUUUAAAAGUCGAUCUUAAAAAUGAAUCAUCAACGACAACCAUUUGUAAAUCCAAUUAUCGCUAUUUGUACUGGACUGCAAAACAGCAGCUCACUCAUCAUACAGUAACAGGAUGUAACUUAAGACCUGGAGAUUUGAUGGCAUCUGGUACCAUAAGCGGAGAGACGCCUGAUUCCUUUGGAUCCAUGUUGGAACUGAGUUGGAAAGGUACCAAACCCAUACAAUUAGCUGAUGGAUCCAUUCGAAAAUUUCUUCAGGAUAAUGAUGAAGUCAUCAUUAGUGGUUAUUGCCAAGGAAAUGGUUAUCGAGUUGGAUUUGGAACAUGUACAGGUAAGCUACUGCCAGCCAGAAGUGAAUAA